CCUAGGGCGUGGCACUGAUCAGGUGAUGGUUAGCUCCAUCUCGCCCCUAUUUGCGUUAGUUAUCGGCAUCGACAAGUAUCUCUCGAACGAGGUCAGAGAUCUGAGCGGUGCCGUUGCCGAUGCUAACGCCGGCCAAAUCAAGAAUCUUCGCAACGAGGAAGCCACGAGAGUUACUAUCGAGAUGGAGAUUGAGAACCUUGGGAACAAUCUAGCGAUUAAUAAGGACGACCCAAUUCUCAUCUUCUAUGCAGGGCACGGGGCCGAAGCAAACGCACCGUCUGGAUGGCACAGCGCCAACGGGAAGAUGCAAAUGCUUGUUCCCUACGACUUUAUCCCUAGUGGGUCGAGCAACUCCCAGCGAGGUCAAGGUGUUCUAGAUGCGAGACUCUCUCGUCUUCUUGCAGACCUUGCUGCGAAAAAGUCAGACAAUAUUACCGUCAUUUUUGAUUGCUGUCACUCUGGCUCGGGCACGCGAACGGAUGACGAUCCGACUUUCGCUGUGCGUGGGAUCGAUCUCCCAGAGACUUACACUAUAGCUCAAGACCUCCUGCAUAACAUUGAGCGAGAUGGUCGAGCGAGUAUCGUUACAAAGGGAUUCGAGAAGUCCGGCAUGUUGUCGCAUCUGCAAGAAAGAGAUGGGCGUGGCGCCUUUACUUCGGCGUUGUUGAACUUGACCCUAAUAAUCAAUCUGCCUGGUCUUCCCUCACAAGACCCUCAAUGCGAAGGUGUCCACCGAUCCCGAUGCCUUUUCAAUUCUAAGGUAACCAACCGACAACGCAAAUUAUACCCCAUCCACGCGUCCUCUGACACACCGGGCCAGUACGUUUUGGAAGCUGGCGAGGCCCAUGGGAUCACCAAGGAGGCCGAGUUCGUUGUUUUCGCUGACAGAACUAUGGCAUCUACUCUUGGAAACUGUCGUUGCUGUAAAGACCACCGCUUUCACCACCACAUGUCGUUUUCUUCGCGCCCCGACUAUAAAAAGCAGUCAUUCACCCUUGUUAAACCCGGAUAUGCCUUGCAGACUCGGGUCGGUGAGGGACAGGACGUUAGACUUCUUGUUGAGCUCGACGAGAGGUUACUCGGUGUCUUUAAGCGGAUAGCCGACGAGAUGCAAAGUAGCGAAUCAGGAAAGAGAGGAUUCCGUUUAGUGCAGAGCCGUGACGAUAAGCCGGAUUUUGCCGUUGCCGCAGAUGGUGACGUUCUCCAUUUCGAGAUCAUGAAUGAGCUCUGUCGACAACAUGGGCUGAUACGCAUGCCGUUCGAAGUCAAUAUCGAUAAUUCGGACGCCAUCCGUCGCGUUCUUCAAAGUUCCACUAAUUUUUACUGGUACCUUCACCAUUCGAGCAAAGGGAGCCCCCUCGCUGGAAAGGUUGAACUCGAAUGUAUGAAGCUUGAAGGGACAGGGGAGUACACGGACGACUUGGAAGAAAUUUUGAAGCCUGACCCUAAUGGCGGUAAUCUGAACAUCGGAGGUGUGAUUUCCGUCGAUGUCGAUGAGGAGGCGAUCUAUGGAUUUAAAAUUACUAAUACAAUGUCGGUGCCUCUUUAUGUUUCGAUGUUCUAUUUCGAUGUCAGUGACUUGAGCAUCGAUUCGUACUAUCAACCGGGAACUGCGAAAAAAGGCGUUGAUGUUUCUCUUCCUCCUGAAGAAUCGUUGACCAUCGGGUACGGCGCGAGUGGGACGGUUCCGCACACGUACACACUAAGGGUUGGACAAGCUGUUGAUGUUGGCUUUCUUAAGGUUUUCUACUCGACGGAGGGGUCGCCUUUCAUAGAAUUUCGCGGAGGCGCGCGAACCGCACCGGACAGCAGGCACCUAUGGGACACAAUGGGAAAGGGGAGAGGGGCCCGUGAGGCUAAGACCGUCCCAGGACAAUCUUAAACGUGCCACAAUCCAUGAUAUCCAUUAGUUUUCCGUUGGUAUUUAUGUUUUCGGUAGCUUCUCCCGCUCCUCUUCGAUAUGCAAUAUGAUUCUUACGACCAGUAUGAGAAAAACAGUACGCACUAUUGGUUUUUAUUGGUAUUGAAGGGGCGGCUCCGAAUUAUUCUGUGGGCAUAACGGAUCCUAUGCGCUUCCUUCAACCGUGGCAAUUGUUAAAAUUGCAGCUCGGAUUUAUUCUCUGACUGGGAAACCUAGGAGACAGCUCAGCGCUGCCCAAGUUUACGUGUAGCAGUGGUAGGUAUCCACUGGAAGGAUCUUGCCAGGCCCAUGAUACGUAACACUAUGGUUGGGUCAAGGAAGAGCAGUAAUACUGCAGCCUGGCGAGCGGGCCUUAUAG